CAGUACUGCCGUCUAUCCAAGUGCCUUGAUUACCUCUUGCUGGUCCGGUCACCGGUCUCCUGGCAGAAACGCUCCAUGGACGCAGCAGACGAGAGGGGGUUACUGGUCCAAGAGGAUGGAGAUCAUCAGCCGCUCCUUCUUCCUUCUCUGCAGGAUGCAAGUCUCUACACCGGUGAUGGAUCCGUUGACAUCAAAGGGCGUCCUGCAACAAGGCGCACCACAGGCAAUUGGAGAGCAUGCUUCUUCAUCCUAGGUGAUGAGUGUUGUGAGCGUCUAGCCUACUAUGGAAUUGCAAAAAAUCUAGUCACGUAUCUUAAAUCAAAGCUUCAUCAAGGAAAUCUUGAAGCCGCAAGAAAUGUCACCACUUGGCAAGGGACAUGCUACCUGACUCCCCUCAUUGGAGCCGUCUUAGCAGAUUCUUAUUGGGGAAAGUACUGGACUAUUGCUGUUUUCUCAUCAAUUUAUUUUAUUGGUCUGGUCGUUUUGACGCUUUCAGCAUCACUUCCAGCACUUCAACCACCUUCAUGUUUAGGAUCUGUUUGUCCAGAAGCAAGCUUACUACAGAAUGGCACAUUUUUCCUAGGUCUAUAUAUGAUUGCCCUAGGGACUGGAGGAAUUAAACCAUGUGUGUCAUCCUUUGGAGCUGAUCAAUUUGAUGACAGUGAUCCAACAGAGAGAGUUAAGCAGGGUUCCUUCUUCAAUUGGUUCUAUUUCUCCAUAAAUAUCGGUUCAUUCAUAUCAGGCACUGUUAUUGUUUGGAUACAAGAUAACUCAGGUUGGGGAAUAGGGUUUGCCAUUCCUACUGUAUUUAUGGCAUUGGCUAUUGCAAGCUUCUUUUCAGCCUCAAAUAUGUAUAGAUUUCAGAAACCUGGUGGGAGCCCAAUUACAAGAGUGUGCCAGGUUGUAGUCGCAGCAUUCCGUAAGUUGCAUGCUGAAGCGCCACAUGAUGCUUCUCUUCUGUAUGAAGUUGAUGGGCAACAUUCAGCAAUAGAGGGGAGCCGGAAGUUGGAACACACAAGUGAACUUGAAUUCCUUGACAAGGCUGCUGUCAUCUCAUCUGCUGAUGCCAAGAGUGACCUUUUUACUAACCCAUGGAGGCUAUGCACAGUCACCCAGGUGGAAGAACUAAAGAUCCUAGUAAGAAUGUUCCCGGUAUUUGCAACUACAAUCAUAUUCAAUGCGGUGUACGCUCAGAACUCUUCCAUGUUCAUAGAGCAGGGAAUGGUUCUUGACAAGCAGGUUGGGUCUUUUAAGGUUCCUCCUGCGUCCCUCUCGACGUUUGACGUAAUCAGUGUCAUCAUAUGGGUUCCACUGUAUGAUCGUGUUGUCAUACCUAUAGCUAGAAAGUUCACUGGAAGGGAAAAGGGUUUCUCUGAGCUACAGCGGAUUGGCAUUGGAUUAGUCCUGUCCAUUGUUGCAAUGGUAUCUGCAGCUCUUGUUGAGAUGAAGCGCCUAGAAAUUGCCAUGUACGAAGGUCUUACCCAUGAGAAUGUUGCUGUUCCAAUGAGCAUUCUUUGGCAGAUACCGCAAUAUAUCUUUGUUGGCGCUGCCGAGGUUUUCACUAAUAUUGGUCAACUUGAGUUCUUCUAUGAUCAGGCCCCAGAUGCCAUGAGGAGUUUAUGUGCUGCAUUUGCACUCGUCACGGUCUCAGCGGGGAGUUAUUUAAGCUCAAUCAUAUUGACCUUGGUGGCAUACCUUACAACUCAAGGAGGAAAUCCUGGAUGGAUCCCAGAUAACUUGAACGAAGGCCAUCUUGACAGGUUCUUUUGGUUGAUUGCAGGGAUCAGCUUUGUUAAUUUGCUGCUUUACAUUGUCUGCGCAAUGAGAUACAGGUAUAAGAAUGUAUGAUGGCUAUAGUUACUGUCUAAUCAGUUCUUGUAAUUUCAUAUUCCAUAUUCAUGGAAGCAGUACAUUGUAUAAACUAAACUAAGACAUCGUGACGCCCUCCAGAAUUUUUUUUUUCCUUCAGUUGUGGUUUAAUUGCUAUUCUUCUGGUGAUGUAUUUCAGAUAAUUUGUUUGAUCAUUUGGUGACUGGGUUUGCUAUGAAAUGGUUACUGCGAUAAUUA